GAGAAGCUUAUACAAUCUCCCCCUGUCUCUGUGGUAGAGAAUGGCACAAACAGGUCCUCGGGAUAGAGAGCAAUUGUGCUGCUCAAUUUGUCUGGAGAUACUGAAGGAGCCAGUAGCUCUCCCCUGUGGACACCGCUACUGUAUGGGUUGUAUCAGGGCCUGCUGGGGUGAAGACGACGACUCUUACAUCUUCAGCUGUCCUCGGUGCAGACAGACCUUCACUCCAAGACCAAUUCUGAAGAGAAACACCAUUUUGGCUGAGAUGGUGGAGAAACUGAAUACAGGGGGACUCCAAGCUGCACCCUCUGGUCAACGCUGCCGGUAUGCUGAAGCUGGAGAUGUGGCGUGUGAUAUCUGCCUCGGUGGUCAGAUCAAAGCCACCAGAUCCUGCUUGGUGUGUCUGGCCUCUUACUGUGCAGCUCACCUCCACACUCACAACGAAUCUCCUGCCCUUAAGAAGCAUACCCUGGUUGAAGCCACCAUGCCACUGCAGGGGCGGAUCUGCUCUCAUCACGAUAGACUACUGGAGAUCUACUGUCGUACUGAUCAGCAGUGUGUCUGUCUGCUGUGUGUGAUGGAUGAACACAGGAGCCAUGCUACCGUCUCAGCUGCAGCAGAAAGCACCAAGAAACGAAGACAGCUGGGGAAGAUGAGGAAGCAAUCCAAACUGAGAAUGCAAGCCAAAGAAAAGGAACUGCUGGAUCUGAGACAGGCUCUGCAAUCACUAAAGCACUCUGCACAGACAGCAGUGGAGGACAGCCAGAAGAUCUUUACUGAGCUGAUCUGCUCCGUAGAGAGAAGGUGCUGUGAGGUGAGAGAGCUGAUCAGAGCCCAGGAGAAGACUGCAGUGAGCCAGACUGAAGGGCUCAUACUGAGACUGGAGCAGGAGGUGGCUGAGCUGAGGAAGAAAGACUGUGAGCUGGAGCAGCUUUCACACACAGAGGAUCAUAUCUAUUUUCUACAGAACUGCCAGUCAAUCUCUAAAUCGACUGAACUCACAGACACACCCAGAAUCACAGUGGUUCCUCUGGUGGAUUUUGGUCAAGUUCGAGCCUCGGUAUCAGCACUCCAGAAGAGAUUGGAGGACCUGUUCAAAGGGGAAUGGCCCAAAAUAUCCAGGGCAGCGGGCACAGUGAAACUCCUGCAGUGUCCAGAGCCCCGGAUCAGACCAGAGUUCUUAUACUAUUCCUGUCAGCUCACACUGGACCCCCGGACAGCCCACAGGGACCUGAGUGUGUCUGAGGAGAACAAGGUGGUGACAGUGAGGGCCAGGGACCACUCCUGCCUGGAGCACCCAGAGAGGUUUGAUCACUGGAGCCAGGUGCUUUGUACUGAGGCCCUGUCAGGGCGCUGCUACUGGGAAGCCGAGUGGAGCGGGAGUGGCAUCAACAUGGCUGUGGCGUAUAAAGAGAUGACCAGGAGAGGAGAGGGCAAUGACUCCCACUUUGGACGCAAUGACAAGUCCUGGAGUUUGUUCUGUUCCAGAAAAGGUUGUACCAUCUGGCACAAUAACAUGGCCACUAGAAUACCCACUUCAACCUCCUCUAGGAUAGGAGUAUACCUGGAUCACAGGGCAGGAAGUCUGUGUUUCUACAGCGUCUCUGACACAAUGACCCUGCUCCAUAGAGUCCAAACCACAUUCACUCAGCCCCUCUAUCUUGGCUUUGAGUUUAUGUGUUUCGGAGUCUUCGUUAAAUUGUGCCAGAUGGAAUGAAAGCGAAAUAACAGCUGAGAGAAAGGCAGUAGCAUGUGUGAAAAUUUGUUUCAUGGUGAAGUUAAUAAUUGAUAGUCUCAGAUAUGUUGCUCACCCCGGUUUGUAUUUGUUUAUUACUGAAGAGUUAAAGUAUAGUUUAGUAGUUUAGUUACUGUAGAGUUUAUAUAAUUUGUAUUUUGCUGGCAAAACAAAGUACAAUAAUUUCAAUGCAAAUUUUGCAAAUACCUUCUUGUGAAGUGAAAUUAAAAGAAAAGUCUAUCCUGUU